ACAAGAAAAAGAAGAAGAAGAAGGAAGUGGAUAUGUCAACAUUGCAUUGUUGGUAAAGGACUCUGUAAUCUAAGUCGCUUACUGAUGUGUACUGCAGUGCGGCAGGAUUUGUCACCUAAAUGUGGAGGGACAGAUGUAAAACAGCCUGGGGACUCACAGCCAGGUCAUCUCAGAGCUCUUCUUGGCUUCACUCUUCCUUCUGUAUAUGCAUCUGAUUCCUCUACACAGAUCUUACCAAAGCACAUAGGCAAGCCAGAGUUUCCUGACACAGGAUGGGACCGCAUCAAAGAUCUUUUCUAUAACGUUGAAGGUCAGUACACAGAGGAGUUGAGAAAUGUAGUAAAAAGUGGUAUUGCUUCAGCCAUAGUGGGGAUGAUCUAUGGAGGCCUACCAGGAGCCAGGCAUGCUCGUCAGAGGUUUAUCCAGUGCAGCCAGGCUGAAAUUUAUCGAAACAGAGUGGAUGCGGUGCGUGCAGCCCAUAAUGCAGCUAUUCGUGGUUUUUUGCGAUUUGGCUGGAGAUGGAGCUGGAGGGUAGCAGCUUUUGUGACCCUGUUUAACACUGUAAAUACUGGCUUGACAGUAUACAGAGACCAAAAUGCCCUCAGCCAUUUCGCAGUUUCAGGUGCUGUCACAGGAGGAGUGUUCAGACUAAAUCUUGGACUAAGAGGGCUGCUGUCUGGUACGAUCAUAGGAGUUAUACUGGGGUUUCCGGCUGGAGUUUUAAUUUUGGGUCUGCAGAAUCUUGGAGGCGAGACCAUGCGUGAUAAGAGGCGAAGAGAAAGAAGAGAGUUGCAUGAGCUGAGAGUCACUGAAUGGAAUGCUCGUCUAAAGGUUACAGAUGAUCUCAUUGGAGAAAUGAGCAGUCUAAAACAUCAGGACUCUGAAAUUGACCUUCAACAAGUAGAGGAGCUCCUCAGUCAACCUAGGAAUGGGAAUGCAGCAAAAGGCCCUUAUAAUCAGUAAUAUUGGAGACUCGGAGAACGUUAAAGUACACAUUUUGUUUAGAUUAUUGUGCAUGUGGAAAUGUGUUCCAGAUAUUUAAAUCUGAAAAAUCAGCAUAUUAAAUAAAAACUUUUUGCUAAAUAUUG